GCCACGGGAAGUCGCCGGGGGUGCCGGCACAAGCGUCGGACGAGUGGAAGGCCUUCUGCUGGGAGAGACUGGAGGCAAUACUCGUCUAGAAGCUCUUCGAAAAGAAGUAGAACGCUCAAUAGACAGAUCCAUACAGUGGCCGGUUGGGGUGGUGGUCAGUCCCUGGGGUAUGCGGCGACGUAAAUACGUGACGUGACGGCACAGUGAGAGUCGAGUAAAUGAGUCGAUUAUUUAGAUGAACUACGAUCCAGGUUCAGAGAAUGCUGCCAUCUUACGCAAAUACAACCUCGACUCCCUAGAACCUCACCACUGGAAGGACACCUCAAGACCAAAGCCUGCGUCGAGCAACUCUGCUUAUGGUGCACGGCGAGCUUCGCGGUAUGAGGUGUUGCAGCAGGAGGAGGAUCCGGCAACGGAGAUCGAUGAGCUGUCGCAAGAUGAUAGUGAUCCGCUAGGGAUGGUGGAUUCGGUGUCGAAUGUGCUGCGGAGGAAGGGUAUCCAAAUCGAUACGGAUCCUAAGGUUCGGGCGCAGUAUAUGAUUACAUCGAAAACUUUCCAGCCUCGGACGUUUCUGCGAGAUAUUCACGCCAAUGCAUCAUACUCAGAACUCCGGACUGGUCAGGACUGGCUACAACACUCUAUCGAGCAACGGCGGGACGAUGUGAAAGAGCUCGUUGGUCAAAACUUUGACCGCUUCGUGACAGCUAAAUCAACGAUCGACGACGUGUACCAGGACAUGAAAUCUGCAACCCUGAAUAGGGAGAACGACUACGGUAUCGGUGCACUGAAGAGUGCGACGUUGGAUGCGAACGCAAAGGCACAACAGAUCUUCACGCCAAUUAUGGAGAACAGGGAAAAGGCAAAUACGCUCCGUUCAACACUAGGAGUCCUAGAUCGGUACAAAUCAUAUUUCAACCUUCCAUCGACACUGCUGGAUUGUCAAAGGAGAAAGGAUCACGAGGGGUUGAUUCGCGAGUAUCGCAAGGGUGAGAAUUUGUUCAAGGAAUACAAGGCUUCGGAUCCGAACCAGCAAGGGACGGCUUUGAUGGUUAGUCAACGGAGGAUCUUUGAGAAGGUAUGGAAUGAGGCGCAACGGAUUGUGGAUAACUGGAAGAAGGAUCUUUGGGAUGGGUUGAGCGGUGAGGGGAAGACGGACGAACAGCAAAUGAAGGCAAUAGGAUACCUUCUCGAAAUUGGCAUUGACGACAAUCCUAUCUGGCAAUACCUCCAAGUACGACACAACCGCCUUCGCAACAUGAUCACCGCCACCUUCGAACAAGACCGUAUCCAAUUCGAAACCCUCCGCCGCAAACUCGCAGCGAAACCGGCACCAUCAGUAAAGCAACUCGUGUCCUACCUCCGCGUUCCUUUCCAUCCAAAGCAGGAGUUUGCGUUCCAGUGUGAUUCUGAGGAAAUCAUCGAGAUGUGGGAGGCUCUCGGCGAUUUCGUGGAUGAUAUGAUGAGUGAACUCGGUGCGCAUCUCUUGAUUGAGUUCUGGCGUACCGUCCAGAGUUUCGUCGAUGGAAAGGCGCAGAAGUCAAUGCCGACGGGUCCGAACGGUAUCUCCAAGAAGCACCUGUCGCUGGAUCAGAUGCAGGUGGCACAGUUACGGGGCAUGGUGGAAGGUCUUGUGUUGUUGAUUUGUCGACUUAUGGGGGAGUUUAUUUCGAGUCCGCCUGUGGCUUUGAUGGCUGAUGAUAUGGAGCCGUCGACACCGGUUGGUGUGAAUGGAGGAAAGGUUCUUGCGUUCGUGCCGGCUCAUGCGAAUGCUGUUAGUACGUCGAGAUAUUUGUCGUCUACGCUUAGGGAGAUCGCACAAGCUGUCGGUGAAAUUCAUUCUCUUGGGCUUUCAUCUACAGUGACUGAUGCGUUACGAACUGUUUUGGGAACGGCGAUGCAGCACUUUAAUGACGCGGUGUGUAAGGCUUGGCAACAAGAUACCAAGCACCUUGUCCGUCUGGAGAACUGGACUCGUGCGACGGAGAAUCAUGACAAUACAGGAUUCCCCCGCGCAAUUCAGUCGUACACGAGAGCUAUCAUUGCGAAUGCUGAGAAGAUCUUGAAUGUGGCCAAUACGACUUCGGGAAGUGCUGUUCAGAAGGUACCGCAGGUUAUGCCUACCGCGAAGAUGAUCGGCGCGGUGCGGUCGACAUUCUUGAGCGGGUUGUAUACUGUACAGCAGGAUAUCUGCAGUUUAGCGCUGUCAUUGAAUGCUGUGCCGACACCCACGACAAAGAAGCGCAUUUCUGCAGUGACUGCUGAGGAGAUCAGGGAGGUGGACGCAAGUGAUACAGACACCCGCAUUUUGCUUACGGUCAGCAAUCUGGCGGAGAUGCAGGAGAGUGUCAUCCCGAAGCUCAUCAACCAGUUCGAGUUGGCAUUCUCUUUGGGUAUGACAGAGGAUCUUAGGACGCUUAUCAAUGUCCUCGAACAAGCAGAUGACAGGCUGUUUAAGCGGUAUAUCAGUGGGAAGGCCCGUGUUGUAUCGGAGAUUAUCAGAGGUGGUGUGCUCAAUUCGGGUAUUCCUUGGGCAACUUUGCCACGGCCGGUCGAAGUACACAGCUAUGUAUAUGACGCCCUCGUUACGCUCGUUUUGGUUCAUUCCCAGGUCUGGACGUUGACACCGAGUUUGCUUGGACGCAUCAUUACUGCGCUUACCAACUCCUUGGCACAAGACCUUCUGGACGCUAUCCGCGGGAUUGACCGAUUUGGUGUGGGUGGCAUGCUUCAGGCAACUCUUGAAGUGGAAUUUUUCCACCAGACACUGAGUCAGUUUGUUGAUUCCACUGCGGGUGAGAAGCUCAGCAUGGUCUACAGAGCCAUCGAAGACGGGUACACUUCAUCCGAUGUCUCCGCCGAGGACCUACAAGCUGAGCUUGGACAUGUCAAGCACCUAUUGCAACACGCUAGGAAAGCAACGGCGACUCAGUUUGCUUGUUUCAGGAAGAGUAAGGGUGAUCGGGCAAAGUCAAAGGGAGACGCUGAACGCAGAGAUGAACGGCCUAGGGAGGCUAGUAGGCAUAGGCAGCAGGGAAACUUAAAUAAUUUGGGACCGGUUGAAGCAGCGUGA